AUGAUCACUCGAAGAACCUUACUCGCUCUAGCGACCAUACUGGCUUUCACAGCUGUUGUUCUGGCCAAAUCAGAAAAGACUCAGGAGUUCUUUCACUCACCUACAAAGGACACAAAGGGUCAUGGACAUGGUCAUGAUGAACAUGAGACUUCCAUGAAAGCUAUUUUCGCUACUUUGUUUCCGUUCGAAAGUCCAGCUUAUAACUCGAUUUUGGCUACAUUUUACAUCUCAUCAAUACCAAACUUCAUCCUUUUGGCUGUUCCAGCUACACUCGAGCCUUCAUCCCUCAACACAAUGAUAGCGUUCGCUACAGGUGGAUUGCUAGGAGACGUUUUCUUGCAUCUCGUACCGCAUUCUUUCUUUGGUGAAGGUGAGGGUCAUGAGGGUUGUUCAGGAGAAAGAAGUAUCAACGUUGAAGGAAAAAGGAAUAUCGUUAUUGGUGGUGCGAUCUUCCUCGGAUUCGCGGCAUUCUUCGUUUUGGAUAAAACUAUGAGAGUACUCAAUUCUUCAGCAGGGAAUGAACCUCAUUCUCAUUCACAUUCACAUUCACAUUCUUCUAUUUCUGAAGGGAAAGCAACUUCAACUUCAAUAUCAACUUCGACCGGUGGGAAUGAAUUGAGAUCGCGUAAAUCUCCUUCAGACGUAACUUCCAUUGAACCUUCUCCACCCGCAAACGCAAGCGCAAACGAAAAGGACCAUCAAGAAGAGAAGAAAGAGACUAAUCCAUCUUUAAGACUAUCUGCUUAUUUGAACUUGUUCGGUGAUUUCACUCAUAAUAUAACGGAUGGUUUAGCUAUGGCAGCUAGUUUUUACUCUAGUCCAGCUUUAGGUGCCGUAACUACCAUAGCUACUUUCUGUCAUGAGAUUCCACAUGAGAUCGCAGAUUACUCAAUCUUGAUCAAAUCCGGAUUCACGAAAUCUCAAGCUAUGGGAUCCCAGUUCUUCACUGCCGUAGGUGCAUUCGUAGGUACUUUUUUAGGCAUCUGGAUUGCGGAAACUUCAGGUGCAGGAAAUAAAGAUAUCGUCAUUAAGAUCGGUGAAGGUUUAUUUGGAACUAGUGUUGGUGCAGGUGAAUUGGUCAUUCCCAUGACUGCAGGAGGCUUCUUAUAUAUAGCGAGUGUCAGUGUCAUACCUGAAUUACUUGCAGAAUCGAGAAGCGCUAAACAAGCUUUGAAAGAGUACGCUGCAAUGGCAUUCGGUGUCUUCUGCAUGGCUGUGAUCGCUUGGAACGAGUAG